ACAAAAAAAAAAAAAAAAAAAAUCACUGUAACCUGCUAUGGAAUAGCAUAAAUUAAAAAUGAUACAAUCAUUUGUGGACUAGAACAAUUAUUUACAGUUUAUUAGCUCUUAUUUUCUGGUGGCGAUUCAUUUUUUUUAGGGUCAGAAUUUAAUAUAUCUUUUGAUUCAUCGUCAUCAUCAUUGGAGCCAUAUAAUGCAGGAAAUUUUUGCAUACAAGCUUGCAUAUUAGUAAAUGCUUCAACACAAUCAGAUCCUUUAGGAUCUGCAGUAGAGUAGUGGAAGCAUGAGAAGGCUUCACGGAACGGGACUCCACAUGGUCCUGUAGCCAUACCCCCCAGACAAGGGCAAUUCCAAUUGAUUGCUCCAUCCUCAAGUAUCAGACCUGGUUGAGGAUCAUCUUCUGGCAGUUCAACUUUGGAUGGUUCACUUAGCUCUUCUCGUGUAAGCAAAAUGAUUUUGUCUUUACCAAUCUCCUGGCAUUUUGACAUGGUGACAAAUGUAUAGUCAUUCCAUUAACUGAAGAAGCAUAAAAAUUUUCAAAACUUCGAUAUAAUUUCCAUUGUGAUAAAAAGAUUGCAACAUUUCAUGUGUACAUAAUUAUAAUUACAACUAAUAAGAAAUCCACCAGAAAUCUGAGUACUCUUCAAAUUGAAGGUCUUCCAAGAGACAUGAAAUAGGUUUUGAUGCUGGUUAUAAGAACUCCCGCAAAUUGCCAUUUAAAUAUGCAUUCAAAUAUUCAAGUUUUGGUUUAUUAACCCCUUGCUUCAUUUAUGAUUAUUUUAUUAAAAAUAGAAAAUUGAAGCACCGUUAAUUUCUUUUCCCGUAGUAGAAAAAAUUAACGCUUUAAUUCAGAAUAAAUUCGUAAAAUAUUUAUCAUAUUGCAACCUUUCUGCACUGUUAACAGUUUACGCCGGGAAGGUUUGUUUUGAUUUUUAAUUUUGAGCUACGUUUCUUAUGAAGAGAUGUCUGAUGCUUGGGAAGAAAUCCAAGCAAUCAAAAGUAAAAGAAACAGUCUCAGGGAAAAAUUACAAAAAAGAAAAAAGGAACGUCAGGACAUACUUAAUUUAUCAAGUGGUUCUGAGGCAACGAAAAUCGAAGCACCUGCUCCACCAUCAAUACCUAAACCAAGUAGGUUUGUCCUAUGUGAAGAUGAUGAUGAUACUCAGGAAAAUGCCAAGCCUGAUACAGAAGUUGAAUGUGCAUUACUUGAAGCUUUAAGUGAAGUUUCUCCGAAUCUGCCUGUUUCCUCUGCUAAUGUUGGAUCACUGGUUUCAAAAAAAUUGAUGAAAAAUGUAUCUCAUGAAGUAGUUCUGAAUCUUUUGCAAAAAUUUGUUGCUCAGCAGCUAAUAAGUGUUCAGGAAGGUGUUCAUGGCGGCCAGAAAACUUUAGACAUUAUUUCUGCUGAGCAUGUAAAAUUGCAAGUAAUGAUUCAUGAAGUAAAAAGAGAUAAUAUUUCUUCAAAUGUAGAUAGAGAAUUAAAGAGAAAAUCUUGUGAAAUAGAAGUUAUUGAUGAAAAUACAUCAAAAAUUCCUAAAGUGGCAGAAAAGGAUGAAAAGAAGCGGGAGAAAAAACCUACAGAUAUAAUGUCCUUGCUCUCAAUGCCCUCAAUCAGAGAAAAAGAAACCAAAAAAGUCGGUGAAGAAAUAUUAGAUUUAUUAAGUAAGCCAACGGCUAAAGAGAGGUCAUUAGCAGAAAGAUUCAGAUCUAAUGGAGCUCAGGUGAUGGAGUUUUGUCCUCAUGGUACAAGAGCAGAAUGUUCGAGGGAAAACCGUGGGACAGCUUGUGGAAAACUUCAUUUUAAGAAAAUUAUUCAAAAGCAUACUGAUGAGUCCUUGGGCGACUGCUCAUUUCUCAACACUUGCUUUCAUAUGGAUAGCUGCAAGUAUGUUCAUUAUGAAGUUGAUGGCACUGCAGUCCCUGCAAUUAAGACUAAGUCCUUAACUGAAGAGCGAAAAAUACUUUCUGAUAAAACAAUACUCUAUCCUCCGCAGUGGAUUCAAUGCGAUCUUCGGUAUUUAGACAUGACCGUACUUGGAAAAUUUGCUGUUAUAAUGGCUGACCCACCCUGGGAUAUUCAUAUGGAGUUACCUUAUGGAACUAUGUCAGAUGAUGAAAUGAGGCAGCUUGGUGUUCCAGCAUUGCAAGAUGAUGGCAUUAUUUUUCUUUGGGUAACUGGCAGAGCUAUGGAGCUGGGAAGGGAAUGUUUACAGCUAUGGGGGUAUGAAAGAGUUGACGAGCUAAUUUGGGUGAAGACCAAUCAAUUACAGAGGAUAAUACGAACUGGAAGAACAGGACACUGGCUCAAUCAUGGGAAAGAACAUUGCUUGGUUGGAAAGAAAGGUAACAUUUCUGAUUUGAACAGAGGCUUAGAUUGUGACGUAAUUGUGGCAGAGGUUCGGGCUACAAGCCAUAAGCCUGAUGAAAUUUAUGGUAUAAUUGAAAGGCUAUCUCCAGGAACACGUAAAAUUGAACUCUUCGGUCGGCCACAUAAUGUCCAACCAAACUGGAUUACUCUUGGUAAUCAAGUUGAUGGUGUUAGGCUUGUUGAUCCUCAGCUGAUUGCUUCCUUUACCGAGAGAUACCCUCAAGCUGAUGCUGUUCUUACGAGGCCUCCACCACAACCACCAAAUUAAUAUAAUUAUUAUGUAUAUAUUUUUUUUUUUUACAAAAUUGUAAUUCAACUUGUAUAUAUGUUAGCUUUUUGAUACAAUUGUAGAUGUACAUAUAUUUAUGAAUAAUACAAAUCUUAAUUUUAUUGAUAAAAAUUGGAAAUAUUUAUUAAAGUGUACGGUAUUUAUAUAUGUAUGGGUUGGUUUAAAAUAAAUAAUAUUAUAUUUAUUUUUAUAACUGUAGUCUCCAAAGUUUGUUAAAAAAACAUUGUAAGAAUGAAUGUUUACUUUACGCGCCUGGAAUAUAAAUGAUUUGCCAUUUAGUGAAAUAUUUCUGUUUAUUUCAAAUUUUCCUGAAAUAUAAAAAGUUAAUCAAAUAUAGAAAUCAUUUAAUAAAAACUAAUUAAUACUCCA